GAUCUAGACAAGCUAAGCUAGUUGGAGAUUUUGCACUUGGUACAAGAUAUGGGUUACUCUAAUAUUGAGAAAUUCCACUAUUUAAUGCCGUGUAAGAAUUUUGAGAAUGAUCUAAGAUUAAUUGAAGAUGGCAUUUCAGUAUAGGAAAUGAUGGGACUUUGGGCAAAUAUUGGCGGUACAUGUGAGAUACUUAUUGAACAUGGUGAAGACGUGAGUGUUGGCAUUGGUGAUGGGUUAGUGGGGGGAUUAAUGAAUGUAGAAGAAGAUGAUGGAGUUUUAAUGCCUAUUGAUGGGCAAAAUCAUGAAAUUGAAGAGGAUGAUGACUUGUUGAGGUCCCAUGGUUAUUUGACAAUGAAGAAGAAGAACUUCAAGUGGCUAGGGGAAAAAUUAAAACUUUUAAGGGAGACAAUGCAUAUAGAGCUGCUAGGUUGCUGGAGAUACCUAGUGAAAUAGAUGUUGAAGUAGAACGAAGAUGGGGGGAGGAAAGAGGCUAUAACAACCCAUUGUGAAGAUAAUGUUGAGCUUAAGACUGAAUGCUUUGACUCAAGUGACUCUAAUUGUAGCUUUGUCACGAGUGAUGAAGAAGAACUAGAGAUAGAGGAGGCUGUUAGAAGGAAAAGCACACAUGCGUAGUAUGAUGAAACCACAGAGAUACUUCACUUUGCACUGAAUAUGGUAUUUGAUGGCCCUAAGCAGUUUAAAGAAGCUAUCAACAAAUAUGCAGCCACCAAAAGAGUUAAUAUUGAUUUUAUCAAGAAUGACAAGGUGAGAGGUAGGGCCAAAUGUAAAGCUAAAAAUUGUAACUGGUUAAUUUAUGCAGCUAGAGAUAAUAAGACAGGCUUGUUUACAGUGAAAACUUUCAAGGAUGAGCACACAUGCUCUUGGUCUUUUCAAGUGAGGAGGUUUACAUCUACGUAUAUGGUGAAGCAUUAUCUAAGCUUGUGGAGGGCAACUCCUUCAAUGAAGUUGCAAGAGUUCAAGAAAAUUGUGCGAGAGCAAAUGAACUUAGAUGUCACUAUAAGCCAGUGUAGAAGGACUAAGUGAAGAGUAAUCGAAAAACUAAACGGGAUGUACUCCUAUGAGUUCAAUAGUUUGUGGAAUUAUUAUGAAGAAAUUAUUCACAGAAAUCCUCGAAAUACUAUGAAGGUAAAGUUUAUAAGAGAAUCACCAAAUUCAAGACCCAUCUUCCAACGAUUUUAUGUUUAGGGAUUCUUUGAAGGUUGCAGACUUUUGAUAGAGUUGGAUGAAUGUUUCUUAAAAGGAACGUUGAAGGGUGAGUUAUUGACAGUUGUGAGGAGGGAUGCAAAUAAUCAAAUGUACCAUAUCGCAUGGCCGUUGUUGAGGUCGAGAAUAAGGAUUCAUGGGGCUGGUUUGUAGAGGCCUUGAAGAAUGAUCUUGGCACAAAGGAUGGUGUAGGAUACACAGUAAUCUCAUAUCAGUAGAAGGGCUUGUGCAGGUACUAGAGGAGGAGAUGUCAUCGGUUGAGCACCGACGAUGUGCAAGACAUAUCUAUGCAAAUUGGCGCAAGAAGAAUGGGGGAAACAAUUGUCGCAUGCAAUUCUGGAUGUGUGCAAAGUCAACUACAAUCUAGCAAUUUGAAAAACACCUCAAGGAAUUGGAUAAGAUGAGCAAGACAGGAAAGGCUGAUUUGAUGAGGAUUGCUCCAAAAUAUUGGUGCAAGGCUCACUUCAAAACUAUAUGCAAGUUAGAUAUUGUGGACAAUAACUUGUCAAAAGCAUUUACUGGAUCGAUACUAGAAGCUAGACACUGGUCUAUCAUAUCUAUGCUUGAGGAUAUUAGAGAGAAGAUAGUGAUAAGAAUGCGUGAAAAAAGAGAUGCAUGUCAAAGAUGGAAAAGGGACAUUGCGCCAAGGAUAUUAGAGAAGAUAGAAGGCAAUAAAAAAGAAAGUGCCUUUCGUCAUGUGCUUUGGAAUGGAUAAGAUGGAUUUGAAGUGCGCCAUAGGAACGACAAAUUUGUAGUGGACAUAAGAAACAACUCUUGUUCUUGCAGGGCAUGGGACUUCAGUGGGAUUCCAUGCCCUCAUGCAAUCUGUGUCAUACUAUUCAAAGGAGAGGAGAUAGAAACAUUUGUUGCGCACUGGUAUAAGAAGGAUACCUAUUUAAAGACAUACAGUCACUACUUGGAAGCAAUGAAUGGCGAUAACAUGCGGUCUUCUAGUGAUAGAGAACCUUUGGUGGCACCAAUGCCUCGGGUUAUGCCUGGUUGGCCUAAACAGAAAAGGAUAAGAGAGGAAGGAGAAUUUAAAAAUGGAUUCAAAGUGUCAAGACAAGGCACAAAAAUCACAUGCCAUUUGUGCUUCAAGCGAGGCCACUACUUAAGUAGUUGUCCAAUGAAACAAAAAGAAAAGGAUGAAGAGAUAGUCGGACAGAGAGAAGCCAACUCACUUGUCGUGGAGAUGCAUCAUAAUAGUGCCACCACUCAAAAGGUACUCUUAACCUUACUUUUAAGUAGUCGAGCCAUUUCGCUAUUAAGAAAUACCAACCAUGAUGUGGAUAAUGCUAAGAAGGUAGAGAGCGCAUCUCGCAAAUUUAUCACUGCAAUGAGAUUACAGCGGCCAAAGGCGAACAUUAUGAAAAGGAAACAAGAAGAUUGGAAACAAGCCGUGGAGCAUUUGAACGAUAAUGGAAGUGUUGGAUCAACAAGGUCUCCAAGAAAGAGGAAAAUAUACCAAGAAAAUUUACCAGAAGUAGAUGUUUGAAGAGUUGGAAGUAGGAUUAGUACUUGUACUUUUUGUUGAUAUGAUACUCUCGAAUUUAAGAUCAAGAGAUAGAGAUUGCCUUUUUUUUUGUAGUUUUGGAAGUGUUUAAGAUGUGGCAAUGAUGCUGUAUAGAGCACAAGCAUUAUGGGCAAGAAAUUUUUGCUUUAAGUAGUAUAGUCAA